AUGGACGAGGAAAUGGUAUCUGAAACUCGUUCUAGAACGCCUUCAAUCAGCUCCAGACAGUUCGUAAUACCAGAGGAUGGUUUUACGACUUUGGAUACAGAUGACUCCAGUCAGGAAAGUGCCGAAGAUGAUGAGGAAGGAAUAGAUAGAGAAGGCUGUACUAAUAAUAGCCAUGACAGCUCCAGUGGGUUUGAGAACGAUCAGAGUUCGAACAAUGAAGUUAACAGUCAUGGCACGGUAUUUUCUGAUUUGAUGCCCCCAAAUACUACAUUUUUUACAGGGAACCAGGUAACACCUAUGUUUGAUACUAGCAAAUUUCUGUUUGAGUCCCUAACUCAAGCAUUCAAUAGCGUCGACUUUUCAGAAGCUAUAUCAUUGCAAACCAAAUCAUCGGCAAUGAUAAACUCCAAAAGCACAGAGCUAAAGAUGUUGAUAGAUGAGGUGCAAGAGAAGCUGAAGUAUUAUCAUAUUGUGUUUGAAAAUGGUGGACACACUGCACGCAGAAUUAGGCAUAAUCUGAGGGAUAUUGCAAGAAAAGUUGAAAAGCUGAAACCUAUAUUUGCCAAAGAUUUUCCAAUUGAAUACAACCAAUCCAUUGAGAAGGUGUAUGAUCGCCAAUAG